AUGCCGUUCUGGACGGCCCCCGAGAUGCUCCGGAAAGGCCAAACCUACACGGACAAGGCCGACAUGUACUCGUUUGGCGUCAUUUUGAUCGAGCUGGAGACGCUGCAGCUGCCGUACGCGACGCAGGACAGUGACGACGGCACCUUUCGUGGCGACGUGCGCGAUGGAAGCAGCCGAAUGCAGUACGCGGCGGUCGUGCCCGCCGCCGUCGCGCAGCCAUCGACUGUGCACUGGAACAAGCGGUCGGUCGUCUUGAGCGCCAUCAUGUUUCUCAACGUAGCCAUCAUGCCGCUCAAGGCCUACAUCUCCGAGCCCUUGCCUUCCUUGUCGAGCGAGAGUAGCACGUCGCUGCCACCGGCGUGUCGAGAGGGCAACAUGGCGGUCUGUACCUCGGACUUGCUAGCUUUUUUUCACAACCAAACCCAUCAAGUGGCCAACACGCACUUCUUUGCCAGCACCGCCUUUGACCUCUACCACGAAACGUUGCCCCAAGCACCCAGCCCUCCGCUCGUCGCCAGCGACCUCCCAUACUAUGUCAUUUACACCUACGACCAGACGAAGUUUGCGUCUCAAUUGGUGGCCAACGCUUCGGUGCCAGCACCGCUGGCAGCCACGUCGCGGCUGCUCAACGUAUCCAUCUUUUACCACGCCCUCUGGACUCGAAGACGCAACGACACGUCAGUCGUCGACUACUACGUUGGCAUUCACCGCACGACGCCCGUGACAGCGUGGGUCACCUUCAAGCUCGUGGCGCGCUGCGUCCUAGUCUUGUAUCUCGUGCGAUGUAUGUGGCGCGACUACUACCGCCACUGCCUUACCCUCGCCACCAACCUCCGACUCUAUGGAAUCGAGAAUGCCAAGCACCUGCCGGACACCGCGGCGCAAAUCGUCAAGUAUCAAGAUGUCAAGCACAAGUGGGGUCUCUUGCUCUGUCUCUGGCCCCACAAAGGCGUGCAAAGAGCGGGCGGCAGUGUCCACUGCCUCUUUGCAACGCGCCCCGAGGCCAAAGCGGUCGUUGGCUUGAGUCAAACCGGCACCGACUGCUUCAUCGUGUACCACACUGACGCCAAGACGACCCACUGCGUGCGCGUGAGCCUCUUGCCAAGCAUCGAUCUGCACCGCCUUCUUAAAGAAAUCAAAACAAAUAAGGACGCGGCCGUUGGGCACGUGGAUCUGGGCGCGCCGACGCCCAGCGUCUACACUGGGGCGAAUGCGUCGCCGUGGGUGAUGUAA